AUGUACCACACCCCCGGCGACAUUAUCGUCAGCCCGCGGAUACGGGCGGCGGAGUCGAUCACCCGUGAGAGCGCGGCGGCAUCCAGUUGGUCGGAGUCCGAUCUGCUGUGUUGGGAACCUGGGGACCGAGAAACCGCCAAGGAGGCCGAGUAUGUCGGAAAGGGAGGAGGACUCGCCCGAGCGGUGAGGCGUAUGUCGUACAAGGCGCCCCAAGAGUCGGGCUGUGCCUUCCAGCGGAGUCGUUGGAAUUGA